AUGUCCAAGAUAGACCUUAGCUUCCUCGAGGGGCGGUCCACAGCGGCCACGCUGGCCGCUGAGACGCCGCUCGGGCCCACGGAUGCGAGCGGGAUGGCGCAGGCGUUCCCCCUGCCGCCCGUGGAGGACAUCGACUCGUUCGAGCGCGAGGUCGUCGAGCUCGUGAAGCCGCAGCACGGCACCACGACGCUCAGUUUCAUCUUCCAGGGAGGCAUCAUCGUCGCGGUGGACUCCCGCGCGUCCAUGGGCACCUACAUCUCGUCGCAGACGGUCAAGAAGGUCAUCGAGAUCAACCCCUUCCUCCUCGGCACCAUGGCCGGCGGCGCGGCGGACUGCCAGUUCUGGCAACGCAACCUCGGCACGCAGUGCCGCCUCUACGAGCUCCGCAACGGCAAGCGCAUCUCCGUGCGCGCCGCCUCGAAGCUCCUCGCGAACACCAUGUACUCCUACCGCGGCAUGGGCCUCUCCAUGGGCACCAUGGUCGCGGGCUGGGACCCCCAGGGCCCCGGCCUGUACUACGUCGACUCCGACGGCCAGCGCACGUCCGCCAAGGUGCUCUCCGUCGGCUCCGGGUCGCUCUACGCGUACGGCGUGCUCGACGAGGGCUACAAGUGGGACCUGUCGAUCGCGGAGGCGGUCGAGCUGGGCCGGCGGGCGAUUUACCACGCCACCUUCCGCGACGCUGUGUCGGGCGGGACGGUCUCGGUGUACCACGUGAGCGAGAACGGCUGGACGAAGAUGCGCGGCGACGACGUCGGGGAGCUGCACUUCGAGUACUACUCCAAGCCCGAGCUGCAUCCCACGAGCGGCACCAACCCCCUCGACACCAUGCGGUGA